GAUUAUUGUAACAGCAACAAGGAACGACGCGUGUGGACAUAAGUGCAUAAAUUGAAAAAAAAAAAUAAAAAUUGUCCUGAUUUGCGAUAAUUUUACCGCUUCUUACUGAAACUGUUUAAUUUUUGCAUCAACAAAGAAAAAACCAACGGAAAUUAAAAACUCUUGCAAUUUUUUAUGAUUAAGUAGUUACUUUGUGCACCUCCGUGAUAUAAUUGAAAAAAAAAGUAAUAAAUAAUUCAAAGUGAAAUCACACAAUUUUUGUAUGUUGCUAACUAUUGUUGGAGCGCACGAGUGAAGCACAACAAUAAAAUAAAAUAAAUAGAAUUUAUAAAAAAAAAAUUAAAAAAAAAGAAAUUAUCAUAUUUUCUUAUGAUUUAUUGCAUUUCUCUUUGACUUGAACGAUCUGUUUCGUGCCAUCAUCAGCAACACUCACCCAGACGUCAUCAUCAUUAUUAUGCGGCGAGGAAAAGUUAGUCUGAAAUACGCAGAAAUUACGUAAAAACUCGGGUGUUGAACAACAUAAUAGUAAUAAUAAAAUAAAAAAGCAGAAAAUAAUGAAAUACUUUCCUCUGGAAUUUCUUCCAGAUCAUAAUUAUUAUUAUUAAUGUUAAACGUGAGUGCUAUUGUUAUAUGUAUAUUUAUUUGCACACAACGCAACAUAAGUAGUACUUUACUCAUAAAGACACGCCAGUAAAUCAUUAAAUUGUCGUCUUGAUAAAAAUUAUUGGAUUCCCUCGCUAUUGUGUUUCGUUUUAAGUAAAUAUAUUUGAGUAAAGGAGGAACUUUGAACGUCGUCAAAUAUAUUCAUUCUGUCUCUCAGUUGUAAAGAAGAAGAAGAAAGAAGUAACGGACUAGAACAAGAAAAAGUCGAAAACUUCCUGAUAUCGAAACAAUCAUCCAAACAGUACGGCAAGCCUGGAAUACGCCAAACUCGAGGUCGCUACUUCAAAGUCGCGACGAAGCUGAGUUCGCAACAUCAUUCUGGGACGUCUCAACCAACACACAUUACAACGUUUUCCAAAUGGGGGUUGGAACGACAAACGGGACAACGACGAUGAUCGCAGCUGGUCCCGGGCUGCUAAAACGUCGUUAUUCCGUGCCCGAAAUCAUCAUGAGAAAACACUCGUUGGCUCAACAAAAGUCCUAUGAAGAAAGUAUCGCGCUGUCGACAGCACCUACAAGUGUUGGCAGCGGCGGAAUUAAAAGCAAGUUAACAUCUACAGAUUACAGAAAUGGAAAUGGGGGCAAUGUUGGCAGCGUAAUGACUAUGGGCUCAGAUUCGAAUUUGUCGCGCAGUUAUGCAGCAGCAGCAGCUACGACGUCGUCGUCAUGUGUUAAUAACAAUAACAAUAGUCAAAACAAUCAACAUCAUCAUGGCAUGAAGCAGGCGAAUGGGCAUGUCACGACAGGCUGUAUGGCACAACAACAGCAAGAACGAAAUGUUGAAUAUUCGAUGCGUAAGGAGCUACUUCGUCGAUUAUGGAGCAAAGAUAUGAAAAUCGUUGGCAGACCGAGUAGUUUAUCGCCGCCCUCGAGACGAACAACACCGCGUCGCUUGUGCUUUAAUUCGUCAACGCUCGCGGAAAAUUCGCCCCAUACGUGCGAAGAGUGUCAAAAACUCGGCGUCGAUCGCAAUAACACCGAAGAUAACAAUAAUGACACAAAACGCCUCAAAUUAUCCGCAGGACGUUCUUUGGAUUCAAGUGUCAUAAUCGGCAACACGAUAAAACAUAAAAUAAGUCCAUUAUCUGAAUCGAAUUCGAGUCGACCGACAACUGAAAGCUCGCAACCCAUUCACAGUACUGCCUCCGAAAAACGUGCUGAUGCGUCAAUUAGUGAUUUUAGUGAUAACACGUACAUUAAUACGACACGAAAAGAGGAACAAAUCAGAAAAUCUGUGCUAAUAUACAUGACUUCGUUAGAGAAUAACCUCCUGAGUGAGGAAAACGCGCGCGAUUUAUUACGCGUAGAAAUCGAUGCCCCAACUACGGGCGACACUUCGACUCACAUUGAGUCAGAUUUCGCGGAUAAAACGAACUUUGAAGAGAGUGCUGACAGCGGAAAUGGAGAUGCUACCCAAAAUUUGGAUAAUUUCAGUAGCGGCGAAGAGAACGAAGCUCGGCUUGAAGCUGAAAACCUUAAAAAUAACAAUUUAAGUAGCAGUAAUACGGAAAAUAAUGACGAUAAUACAAACGGUAACAAUGUAAUAAAAAGUGAAGAAACCAAUUUCGAGGAAAGCGUUUCCGUACCUGAUAACGAGAGUAUCAAAGCAUCGUCACGUCAAACGUCUGUGAGUAACAAAAGUCAAGAGGAACUGCGUUACGAGAGUUUUACUGCUGUGACAAACGACAGUGAGAAUAAUUUAUUAGAAUUAAUUGAACAAUCAAACGAAUUAGCGUUAGUAGAAGCUGCUGUUUCGACAGUUAUCGACAAAAAUGGGAAUCGAUGGCGUCGUGAAACGCCAAGUCCUCCAUUGCAAUUCAAUGAAAUUGUCAGAGCAGAUACAGUUUUUCCUGAAAGACAACAAAAUCGACCAACAGCCUUGCAUAUAACUUCACAAUCAUCGACAGGGCAUAUUCAAGAUGUCAUUGUACGUGAUGGAACAAUGAGUUAUUUCCCAAGUUACUCCUUGGUUGAGAGUCGAGGAGAUGUUUCAAGUUACACUUCGCAUACUUCAGAUCAAGAACCUGAAGCGAUUGGACAUGUUAACUCAGGAUCUGCUUAUCCAGAAUUGGAUUAUCCGUAUCAAGUUGUUGUUACGAGACUUUCUGCGAUCCCGAGAACGAUGUCGAUGGAAGUUCAACCCUCAUCGACAUCUGCUGAAGAAGAACUUGAUGGCGUUGAAUAUGAUUCGUGUGAAGAAGACAGCAUAAGUCUCGUAGAUUCAUUAGAUGAUCCUCUCUCGCCGAGACCUUUGCGGAAAAUGAGACCUAAAAAAUCCGCUGAAGCAUUUUUUAUUCCAAUAUCUGAUCCUGCGAAUCGGAUUGAUGAAAACGUGGUUGUUUCAGAUUCGAUGCCUGAUAGUCUCAAGGAACGUCUUGAUAGUCGUCAAUUUCGACGAGAGAUGAAAAAAGAUUCUGAAGUUCGAAGGAAGCGAUGGAAAGUUGAGCAAUACAGUUUUGAGAGGAUUGAGAAAAGACCUGUUAAGGUAGUUGUCGAUCGUGGUUCACGCAAAGAAAAUAUCCCGCUUCAGAGAAAGGUGAAAGUUAAACCUGUGCGAGAUAGUUCAAGUACGAGUACAACAACAACGACGACGACGAUGAAUACAACUUCAAAGCGAGUCUCUCAUGUUAAACCUCAGAACAAAAAUGGUCUUCGAAAGGAAAUCGGGAUGCUUGAAUCAUACAAAAUUGAUGCAAGAGGUAAUAUGCAAUUCAAACCCGGAGGUAAAGCUGUGCAAGAACCAAUUUCAUCACGACGCGCCUUUAAAGCUCUUCCGCUCGAUGAACCUUUCGUACGAGAACCUGUUCAAACAUCUACUCACAAAAAAGCCAAAUCAAAACCCGAAAAAACAAGUGAAAGUGUUCGUCCUACUCCGAAAGUCGAUCGCAUGGAAGAACGUCGCAAACAAAUCAUCAAAGAUGUGCAACAAAUGACGUUGUAUCAACAAGCUGAUUUAACGCCUGAUAUCGAAGGAGGCCCGCGACGAAUGUAUCAAAAGACAGAAAUCCAAGAAGGCGACAAAAGAAUCGAAAUUUUGGAAAUUGUCGAAUGCGUUGAUACAACUCCCGAAAGUUCGCCCGCAAAAUGGUCUCGAGGAAGUGUAAAAACUCCCCGAAGUUCGGGAAUUGUAACGCGAAACGUUGUACCGCCUCGCAUUUCGUCAAAUCGAACGCCAAAGACUUCGUCGAAAACGGAUGCCAUGAAAAGCCAAAGCUCUUCCAAAGUUACAGGUAAAACCCCGAAAUCGAGUGGCGUAACGAGAAUCAUUCGAACAAGCAGCUCGCGUGAAAAUAGCCCAAAAUCAUCGACGAGAUCGAAUCCUAAUAAAGAUCGUGCGAUUGCUGAUAUGCUAAUUGAUGCUUUGAACAGUAAUGAAGAUCCGAAUGUUGAAUUUGUUCAAUCGCCCAAAGAUCAUCUCAAACCAAAUGCAAAGAGAAGUGUCCCGCGAAAAGUUGUCACGAACGGAUCUCGAAGAUCUGCGAAUAGCGGAAAGUAUUUGCAUCAAUUUGAGGUUAUCCCUGAAGAAAAGAGCGGAAUGUCAUUCGAUUCAUCGAACGAAGAUGCUUUAUCUUCAAGAGCUCCAAGUCAAUCCAAGGAGCCUACAGUAAAGAAAAUUACUGAAGAAGAAGAACAAGUUAAAGAAAAAACUGAAACUAAACCUCAAGCAUCUCCUAAAAACACAGAUACCCAAUCAGAAAACAUUGAAUCAGUUGACGACUCAACCUCCGUUCAAGAAUCAGAAACAAGCAAAAACGAUCAAUCUGAUCAACUUCAAAGAAAAAGCAGCAAAGAUUCAAGUGAUUCCGCGACGGAAGGUUCUGUCAAAAGUACUUUCAGCAGCAAAACGAGCGUUAUUGUAAGACAUUCUGACACAGCUUCAAACAUCAGUCGACAAAAUUCGCGACAAGAUCUUCGUCCUGAAUCGCGUCAAGUUAAAACAGUUCCCGCAAAAGCGAAAUCUCCCGUUCCAACACGUAACACAAACACCUCAAGCUUAUCCAAAAACACGAAAGAAACCAAAUCAAGUGAAACUCUCGCAGCAACGACAAACAAAAGUAGUUCAAGUAAAGCUAAAGCUACUCCUCCAACGACUCUCGUUACGAAACCACAGAGUAAUAAUAACUCAAAACCAUCAUCGAGAUCAUCUUCAGUUCAACCAACUUCAAAACUUUCACCAAACUCCAUGGAUAUCCUCAACGGAAAUGUAUCUUCGUCAAACGGAUCUGCGAAAUCUGAAUCUGUCAAGUCUCAAAUCGCAAGAUCGCCUGUCAGAGUUGUCGAUAAGAGUCAAACGCAUCUUUCGCCACAGAAUUCGUCGGAACGAGCACGAGCCGCUGUCAAAGGCGAAGUUGCCACGUCCAAAGGUUGGGGUAAUUUCUCGAAACCGUAUCAUGGCAGUCCAGCGGAAAGUGCUAAUGAAGGUAUUUUUCACCAAUUAAUUUAUGAGAAUGCAAGUCAAAAUCCCUCUGUCAUUCCAAGUCCCAGUCUGUCGUCGUCCGUUCACAAUCACCAUCAUCAUCACGAAACGCAAAAAAAUCAUCAUCAUCGCCCAUCAUUAUCGAGUCUCGCAUCCACAUUUACCACUUCUUCACUCGAUCCCUUGUACAGUUUAGGAAGCAUCAUGUCGCCUGCCGCUUACACAAAUGCCCCAACGACGAGUUGCGGUCUCGAAUUAUCGUACGGCGCAAGUAAUGCAUGUCAGCAACCCCAAUUUCACAAUCAUUGCGCCUUGCCAUCGCCUUCAACGACGCAAAAAACGCAAAAUCCGCCCUUAACUUCCGAAUCGGAUGGAUGCGGCAACAUCAUGCGCAUCAUUGACCAAACUUUCAGGGAUAAUCCCGACAUUUUUUCAGAUAAUUAUCUGAAGCGAUUCCAAAACUCCGACUCGAAUCGCGAUUAUAAUUGUUGCCCGGCGCCUCCAGGCACGUCGGGAACUGCUGAAACUGUCAUUUCGCGCGAUUUGACGGUGUCUCGCGUGAAUGACGACAAAAAAUGUGACUGCACAAAAAGUUUCAAUGGCACGAAGGAGGGUUCAAAUGCAUGGCAACUCAUCGAAUCGAACGAUUGUAAGCUCAUCCAACAGCGAAUUGAGUAUUUUGAGAGUUUUGGUCCCGAUGCUGAUGCGGAAAUGAAUGGCGGGAAAGCUUCCAUGUUCCUCUACAAAGAAAAUAAAAUAAUUUCGGGCGAUGGAAGUCGAAAAAAUGAACUUAAAUUAGCAAAAAAGCAACAAGCUGCUAUUUGUUCUGACUCACAUGACUCCGGAUAUGCUGCCAAUAACUCAAGUACGAGUCUAAAUCGUGAGAAAAGUGCUUGCAGUGAUUGUUGUUACUGCAAUCCGCUCCUUCAUACUGAUCCAAAUAAGACGGAAUGCAUUUAUUGUCGCAAUAAGACGCCAAAUGUCGAAGAAACUGUCCCCGAAACGCCUUGUUCCGUGCAUGGGUAUUACGAAACGAUGAAAAAAUCCAAUCACAUCCAUACGAGGAUCAAAUCUCGUGAGUCGGAUACCGUCAGUGUCAAAUGCACGAAGACCAAUGAACGGAUUAAAAGGACUUGCUGUCAAAAUGAAUGCCAGGCGCCGUCAGUUGAGAAGCAGGAAACACGUAAAAUCGAUCCAAAAGGCAGCAAAGCGGGCCUGAGUCGCCCCAAAGACAUCAAUAACAUCCUGCGAACGACAAAUGUGCAAAAAGUUGAGAAGGAAAUUCACGAUAAAAUCAGUCCAAAAAAGCAUUCUGUCAAACAAUCGAUCGUUAAGGAGCAAAAACCAAAGGAAAUUCGCUUACCAAGUCCGUACAAAUGCAUUUCCUCGAAUAGUUACGAAAGUACGUCGGAUUCUUCGUGUUCGCUGACUUGUUCGCCGACGAAAAAGACAACUUUGCCGCAAGCACAUUGGCAACAAAAUAUUCCCCUAAAGUCAAAAACAAUCACAAAAAGUCAAAAAAUUGUCACAAAUUCCUUACCGAGGACAUCAAGGGCUUCUCUUUAUCAGCAUGCGACAUCGCCGGAACAUAAAUUGACGACAAACAAUAAAAAUUUGCACGAUUCGCGCCAUCAUUCGGAUAAUUUGGACACAAAUGCAAACCAUUACGGCGGUAAUCAUCACCCUACGACGAACAAUAACAAUAAUAAUGAAAAUAACGUGUACAAUAUUGACAGUGAUACGCAAUACAAUAAUUUUGUUAAUAAUAAUAAUAAUCCUGAAUGCACAUCUCCGAAUAUUAUAACCACUUGUCACACAACUACUAACAAUGUAAAUACAAAUGGGAACAAUAUGACGACAACUGCAGCAUGGUCCGUUACUGUUCAAGGCAAUUACGCUGCAGAAUUGGCGCCGAAUGUUGAUCUCAAGCUGAGUUUUCCCGGUUCGAAGAUGAAUACGCAAGCGAUUCAAAAUAUGAACUCGAAUUGGGCGAAACGAAGUAGCAAUAAUCCCGCCAAUAAAUGGGCUCCGAUGACAGGUCCUGUACCGCCAAUUGAUCAAAUGUCAAUUGGGGGAAGUUACAAAGCACCUCCAGCGUUGCCGGCAGCAAAUACAUUCAAUCCGAAGAAGAAUUUGACGCGGGAAGGAGGUCCUCCAGUUUCUAAUUGGAUACGCACGCCAAUGCAGAAUCUGCCUGGAAUUCUCGCGCCCGAAGACCAAAACAUCGGAACAAAAGAACGGAAAGGCAUCAAGUCUGUUGCGAGUAUGAUCACGGGAUUGCGACACGCACAAGGAUUAGGAGUUGGCGGAAGUCGAGCAAUGUCCUUCCAAUCCAUCAAUCGCAUGCAAGGAAACGAGAGAUUUUUCGAUCAAGCCACCGAUAACAGCCGUUCAACGACAACAAACCAACGACGCAUGUCUGUGGGAAGCGAAGCCUUAUCCGUAUCGGGAGAACGCAUCGCACCUGAAAUUAAACCAAAAGUACCGACAAUGAGUGAAAAAGACUUGACACGAAAGAAAGGGAGCAGUUUUACACGCAAUACUCAAAUGCGAUAUCAAUACUAA